AUGAACGAAAGCAAAACCCUCAGCUUGGCAAUUAAGAAAAUCAUUCCAUACUGCAAUGAAAACUCGGAUCACGCUUUGCUUCGGAAGAUUGGAUUUGCAUUGAAGUCUGAAAAAGAUGAACUCAAGGGCGCCAGUUUGGAAGGAUCCACAAAUUAUUCCUUUAAAAUAUAUCUGGAGAGUGAUCCUAGUGUGGCCUUGUUUGCAAAAGUUGCAUUCUCUUACGCUCUUUGGAAUCCCAAUCGAGAGGUCAAGUUCGGAGUUGAAAGAGAAACCAUGGAGUUCAACAUGAUGAGAAGGUUCGCGGAGUCAAUUGGAGAAUCGGCGCCAGUCGCAAAACCUUAUUUGUGUAUUGAUAUUGAUACAAGCACCCGCAUGCUUGUGUGUGAAUUCAUAGAGUCUCGUCUACUUGCAAACCAGUUUGUUGAAGGCACAGUUGACAGGCGGGUGCUUCCGAAGAUUGCAUCAUUUGUUGCGGAGUUGAAUCUACAGAGUAUGAAUGACCCGAGCUUGAACGAAGGAAUAAAGGAUUCAUAUAGAUCACUUUAUCCCACAUCAAAAGAGGCAUUUGGGGCAAUGGUGAAUUCAAAAGAGGAAAACGAUGAUGAUCACUUCUUGGCGUAUGCAAAGAAAGUCGGUACAUCGCGAUUCUCCGAUAUUAUCGACGCAAUGGGGAGAGAAUACGAGAAGAGCGAGUGCCUAUUGCAUGGAGAUAUGCACUCAUUGAAUAUCUUGGUGGAGCCAUUUACAGAAAAUGGAUUUGGGGAGAAAGGGAGCUUCGUCCUCUGCGACUGGGAAAUGGCGCACGCUGGUGUGAAGGGAAGGGAUGCUGGUAGCUUUUAUGCGUGGCCUAUUCUAUCCGCUUUCUUCUUGAUUGGUCGAGGCCGACGCAAAGAAGCUGAUGAUGUCCUGGAUUGUAUACUCCAGUUUUGGAAUGAAUAUGAAAGAACGCUCGUCAAGGUUGGGGGGGCACAGAAAGGCGCAAUGCCGUUUCACCUCGUUUCGGAGUUUGCCAGGGAGAAGAUAUGGGCCUCAGUAGGGCUGACUGGCUUGAGAUGCUUAGAGUAUGCUUUCAUGAAGGAGGAGCCCCAUUCUACAAUAGAGGAACUUCAAUCAUGGUUCGGAAGUCUUGUGUCAGAUCAGGUGGAACUUCUCUGUAAGGUGAUCAAGGACUAG